GCGCGCCUCCUUUCUCCUCGAUCCAUCAAACCGGCCUCGCCGUCAAGAGGUCAACGGGAACCCCGUCGCGCCGGACUUCUCUCGACGUCGCGCGCCGCCGAUGGGGUCAGAGGCCUCCGCCGCUGAGGUGGAGCAGCUGCUCCGGUCGCAGAUCCCGUUCCAGAGCGACGGCGAGCUCGUCCUGCCGCCGCGCGAUGGUGGCGGCGUUGGGCUCGUCCUCGUCGACGUCAGCAACGGCUUCUGCACCGUCGGCGCCGGGAACCUCGCUCCUGCUGCACCAAACAAACAGAUAGAAAAGAUGGUGGGGGAGGCAGCUAGGCUCGCUAGGCUGUUCUGUGAGAGAAGCUGGCCAAUAUUUGCAUUCCUUGAUUGCCAUUUUCCAGAUAAGCCCGAGCCGCCAUUUCCACCUCAUUGUAUCAUUGGUAGCGGGGAGGAGAACUUUGUCCCAGCUCUGGAGUGGUUGGAAAAUGAGCCAAAUGUGGUUAUAAAGCGGAAACAUUGCAUCGAUGGCUACAUCAGCUCCAUAGAGAAGGAUGGAUCCAGUAUCUUUUCUGAUUGGGUUGGGAAACAUCAGAUCAAAACGAUCUUGGUGCUGGGAAUAUGCACAGACAUCUGUGUCUUGGAUUUUGCAAGCUCAGCUCUUGCUGCUAGAAAUAUUGGUCGAGUACCUCCAUUACAAGACGUUGUGGUUUAUUCAGAGGGGUGUGCUACAUACAACCUUCCUGUCGAGGUUGCUAUGGAUGUGAAAGGAGCUGUGGCCCAUCCACAGGACCUUAUGCAUCAUAUUGGACUUUACAUGGCCAAAGGAAGGGGUGCAAAGGUAGUUGAUAGGGUAGUCCUCGAACCUUCCUGACUGAUGCAUGAACUUGUCCUUGUUGCCAUAUUGCAUAUUUUUAUCCUUUUUCUCCUUUCUGUCUUUGUGUGUAAUAACUGAAUAUGUGUCUUAGCACAUAAUCUAUAGUGAAGAUGAAUGAAUUUUGUAUUUUGGUUGUACAG